UAGCACUUUGUCUCGUACGCUCGUCGAGUUCGGUCACAGCAGUCAUUGGCUCAUAUUCUUCUCCGAACAUCGUAUUAUGGUAAUAUAAAUUGACCAACCGUGGACUAAAUUUGGUUAGUUCGUUAAAGUUGAUUAAAGCCAUUUAACCGGGACGGACACGACGAAACGAACGGCGCGAGCGUCGAUCCCGCAGAAUAGACUAAAUGAGCUUCAAUUGUUUAAUAUCGGAAUCGAUAAUUCGAUCUUGAGUCGGGCUCGUGGAGCCCGAGGUCCGAACGGCAGGCAGGCGGCCGCGACGGAGCCGAGCGAGGUUGGUGCGGAGGUAGCGGGUGCGCACCCGCCCGCCACCGACGGCUACAUGUACGUGUGCGGAGACAGCGCCGGCGGUGCCGGACCGCGCUACGAGUGCGCCUUUGAGGGCGGCGGAGGCAUGGAGCAGCCCACCUUCGAGGAGCACAUGUUUAACGAGUUUGGCAAGGAUCGGCAAGUGCAGGUGGUAGUGGGCGCAGGCGGCGAGCUGCAGUACCGGGAUGACCUGCCUGUGUUUGCUGGCAGUGAGCAGAAACGUAAAGAAGAACCAUUACUAUUACAAGCGGUAGAAGCAGCCCCGGCAUCACAUGCGCAGCAUCCGCCACCUCCCCCUCCUCCACCAACUACUUCUAAGAAAAGUGACAAAAAGAAAAGCGAUAAUAACGGAAUCAAGAAAAAGAAAACAAGAACGACGUUCACUGCUUAUCAAUUGGAGGAACUUGAACGAGCUUUCGAACGUGCUCCAUACCCAGAUGUUUUUGCUAGAGAAGAAUUAGCUCUGAAAUUGAAUCUAUCUGAAUCACGAGUCCAGGUGUGGUUUCAAAAUAGAAGAGCAAAAUGGCGUAAACGUGAGCCUCCACGAAAGACAGGUUACAUUGGUUCCAGUUCUCCAAGUUCAACAACAUUAGGCGGCGGCUUCUCAAGCAUUGGAGGCAACUUGCCUGCUUUUCCUCAAAACGGCUUGCCAGCACCAGCUGAUUCAUGGUCUUACCAACAUUCAUAUGAAUUAUCUUCACAUCACUUGCUAUCUUCAGGAAGUAGUGGUUACCCUGGAUUCAACACUCAGCCAGCUGCUUACUCCUACACUACAGUUCUUAAUGGGCACGAUGGGCAGAUGUUUGCUCCGCGACAUUCAUACGAGUAUGGCGAGGGUAGCCCGCCACCGCUUGGCGUAAGGGAUUAUCCUAUGAUUGCAGCUCAUUCUCCGCAAAUGGAAACACAUGGGCACGAAGACAAGUUAGACUAUCGUACUCAUGAUCACGAGGAUAAGUACUCUUCGUGCGCAUUACAAGAGGAACCGUCUCGAUACGCCGCACCACCAGAAGAUUAUGACAAAUGCGGUAUGGUCCCACACGACAAACAUUACGAGAUGGACCGCCAUUCUGAACUCUCACAGCCGAUAGUUGUUAAAAUGGAACCAAGCCCGAGUCAGCCGUAUACGUCGCUGCCCCCUUUUUUGAAUUGAAAUACUCUUUUUCGAAAUUAUCAUAGCGCGUAGAUCAAUUUCGAAAAGGAGUAUUAUUAAGCGGGACGAUAUUUUAUUUUAUUCUAAUAAGAAUGUGCAUACGAUUGUAAUGCACAAAGUUAGAUUUAAUUUUGAUGGUAUCAUUAUUAAAAUGUACCCCUAUACGCGUCAUUUAAAAUUAUCACUUAGUUUAACUUAAGAAAAAUCUUAAAAUUAGAUGUUUUUUUACAAAAUGAGAGGAUGAUGAAAGAAUAUAAUAAAUAAUAGCUUUUACUUUAAUGGUAUUUAUUAGAUUUAUAUUUGUACAUAAACAAUUAGUUAUGUGAGUCUGUUUAAACUGCCUAUUUGAUGCAAAUGAGACGUAAGUAGGUACAUAAUACCUAUUAGUUUGAAAAUUGGUUUUUAACCAGAGUGCAUUCCCUGUGCCUUAUUGUUUUUAGUUUUUAAAUCAACUAAGACGAUAAGUUUUAAUUAAAUACUAUAUCUACGGGUUCGACCCAGCUUACAAAAUAUAUAAAGAUUUAAAUUAUAAGUUGCUUUUAGUGUUAAAAUACUUAUAUUUUGAUACUAAAACCAUUUUCUUAGCAUUUAAUAGUUUUUUUUUUUAUAUAAAUAUAGUACGUAUGUUUUUUUUAUUGAUUUUAAGUUUUUGUUACGUAGCUCUUAAGAUAAUAGCAUAUUAAUAGUUAAUAUUAUAUGACAUAGAGUUUUUAUCCGGCUCGAAGGAGUAAGACAUAGUUAAGUCUAAAUAUAUUGACGUGAAUGAUGUGCCAAAUAAUACAUACAGUAGCAGUAAUUAUGUAAUUUAGACAACUAUAAUAAGAAUAAUAAUUGGAACUAUUCAUGUUCGGAAAAAUGAUAAAUGUCAGUAGGUGGAAUAAUUAUUUCAUGCAUUUAUUUUUUUCAAAAGAAAAAGAAACAAAGCAAAAUAUAAUGUAACAUACAUAAACAAAUAUGCUUCACGCUUUCAGGGUAUUUAUUGCUACAGUGGUCGAUAUUUAAAUUAGUUAAGUAAACCCAUGAAAUAUUUGAUAAUUAAAAAUCUUAAAAGCAAUAUUUUAGUGUAGAUGGAAUACGUUGAAGUGUAAUAAUAAUUACAAUGUGCUUAUUGA